AUGUUGAAAUCGACGCAUAAGGUAACCGCACCUAUUCCUCUUCCUGAAGGAUGGACGGAGCACAAAGCGCCAACUGGCCACACAUACUAUUAUAAUGCGGCAACAAAACAAUCUACAUACACUCGACCUAUAGCUCCACCUGUUGCGCCAGCGCCUAUAGCACCUCUUGAUCCAUCGCAAAGUUUCCUACAGUACCAGGCUGUUGGAAGUUCGAACCCAAGUGCUGGACCGAACUUCAAUUUCCCUGGGCAAGGAGAUUUUCAAGGAGGACGAGGUGGGUUCUCAGGUCAGAAUCAGAGAGGAGGUAGACCAGGAGGAAACGACCGGCCGAAACCACAGCCCAAUGAUAAACCCAAGUCGAGACAUACCAUUCCAGGACACGAAGAUUGGGUGCUGGUUCACACGAAAUACGGACGACGAUUUGUUUUCAAUAAGGAAAAGAACCAGAGUUUUUGGCGGAUACCUGAGAAACUAAAGGACGGGAUUCUGGCGCUGGACCAAUUGAGAAUUAAAGAAAAGGCAGAAGCUUUGAUUAAAGCAGAUGAAAUCGCAUCAGACAUAGCUCCCGGUGCAGCCGCGAGACCAGGUUUGGCACCCAAACCGGCAGUAGAGGAGAAUACAGGUGCAGACGACAGUUCUGAAUAUGAAGAGGUUGAGGUGACGGAUGAUGAGGGCGAGGAUGUGGAAGGAGAAGAGUCUCACGCGUCAAAGCGACAACGCACCGAGGAAAAUUUACCUGACGAACCUGUUGAAUUUAACGAGGAUGAUAUUGCUUUCCAGCUUGCAGCAAUGGGACAAGAGUACGGCUUAGACCCUGGGGAAUACGAUGACGGCAAUAUGGAAUGGGAGGAAGGCGCCGAGGGUGAAAUGAUCUCAGAUGAAGACUCGGCUGCUUUAUUCAAGGAUUUACUGAAUGACUAUGGCAUCAAUCCUUACAGCCCAUGGGAGAAGCUUAUUGAAGAGGGUAAGGUGUUCGACGACAUUCGAUAUACGGCACUCACAACUAUGAAAGCGAGACGAGAAACAUGGGAAGAGUGGUCACGAGAAAAAAUCAAGGUGCUGCGUGAAAGUCGUGCCAAGGAAGAAAAGAAGGACCCUCGAAUUCCAUAUUUGGCUUUUCUUCAAAAGAAUGCCAAUCCUAAAUUGUAUUGGCCAGAAUUCAAACGGAAAUACAAGAAAGAACCAGAAAUGAGAGAUGCCUCUUUAACGGACAAGGAACGGGAGAAGUUCUACAGAGAACACAUCAAUCGGUUAAAGCUUCCACAAUCUACUCUGAAAACUGAUCUACUGUCUUUGCUCAAGGCACAACCGACUUCAGUAUUCAAUAACGCAACGUUAUCAUCGCAUUUACCGCCAAGUAUACUUUCUGACAUUCGCUACAUAUCCAUGGAGCCAUCCAUAAGAGAUACACUUAUUGAGACGUUCAUCACAACCCUCCCCCCGCCACCAGAAUCAGUUCCAGUAGAAGAAACUGAAGAGGCGGUAAAAGAGCGAAAAGACAAGGAGAGAAGACGAAAGGCAUUGGAGGAUAGGGAAAGGCAUGUCGCAGAAGAGAAGAGGAGGCAACAGCGAGAUCUCCAAUUCGGCAAAGGGCGAUUACGAGAAGAAGAGGCAGAGAUUGCAAGAGCAAUGAAUGUCACGAAGAAGGGAUUGAAAGAUCAUCUCAUGGCAGAAGAUAGUGGCGUCAAGUCGAAUUGA